CUCCGCAAUUCCGUUCAGAAUGUCAUACCCAGGUUAUCCCCCUUCAGGCUAUCCUGCUUUCCCUGGUUAUCCUCCAACAGGCCAAGAGUCUGCCUACCCGCCCGCCGGCCAGUACUCCUAUCCGGCCGUUCCCGGAGGAUACCCGCCGGCGGGAGCGGGGGCCUAUCCCGCGGCCCCGCCGAGCACCGGCUAUCCUGGCGCGGCAGGAUACCCCGCGCCGGGGGGCUACCCCGCGCCAGGGGGCUACCCUGCGGUGCCGCAGCCAGGAGCAAUGCCGGCCUACCCUGGAGCUCCUACGGGCCCCGGCUUUGGCGUGCCUCCCGCUGCCCCCGGCUUCGGUGGCUUCCCGCAGCCUCCGGCCCAAAGCUAUGCUGGAGGCGGACCCGCGCAGAUCCCAGUAGGAUAUGGUGGKGGACAAACACCGUCACCAAUGCCUGGCCCGCCUGCAGCAGCAGUUCAGUGUACCCAAGGCACAAUUCAAGCUGCUCCAAACUUUGAUGCUGGAAGGGAUGCAGAAAUUUUGCGCAAAGCUAUGAAGGGGUUUGGAACGGACGAGCAGGCCAUCAUCGACGUCGUAGCGAACCGCUCCAACGAUCAGAGGCAGAAGAUCAAGGCAGCUUUCAAGACUAUGUAUGGCAAGGAUUUAAUUAAGGACCUGAAGUCUGAAUUAAGUGGCAACGUGGAAGAACUGAUUCUAGCCCUUUUCAUGCCUCGCACCUAUUAUGAUGCCUGGAGUUUACGUCAUGCAAUGAAGGGAGCCGGCACUCAGGAGAGGGUGCUGAUCGAGAUCCUUUGCACAAGAACAAACCAGGAAAUUCGAGAAAUAGUGAACUGCUAUAAAUCAGAAUUUGGAAGAGACCUCGAGCACGACAUCAGAUCUGACACCUCAGGACACUUUGAACGAUUAUUGAUAUCCAUGUGCCAAGGUAAUCGGGAUGAGAAUCAAACUGUGGAUUAUCAGAAAGCUCAGGAAGACGCUCAGCGUCUGUACCAAGCAGGUGAAGGAAAGCUUGGGACUGAUGAGUCUUGCUUUAACAUGGUUCUGGCAAGCAGAAGUUUUCCUCAAUUGAAAGCAACAGUUGAAGCAUACUCCAAGAUUGCUAAUCGGGAUUUAUUAAGCAGCAUUGACCGAGAAUUUUCUGGAAAUGUGGAGCGUGGUUUGAAGGCUAUUUUGCAAUGUGCUUUAAAUCGUCCAGCCUUUUUUGCAGAAAGACUUUAUUACUCCAUGAAAGGAGCUGGCACGGAUGAUUCUACACUUAUCAGAAUCGUAGUCACUCGCAGCGAGAUUGACCUUGUGCAAAUUAAACAGAUGUUUGCACAAAUGUAUCAGAAGACUUUGGCCACAAUGAUAUCAAGCGAUACAAGUGGUGAUUACCGGCGUUUGCUGCUGGCAAUUGUUCGUCAAUAGAAGAUUUUAUGUUGUUGUUUUUUUUUUUUUUUUUUUUUUUUUUUUAAAGAAACUUAAGGACGUGUAGCAUGUUUUAUGCAGCCACUGACUAUCCAUGUGUAAAAGAAUAAUUUUAAACUUCGUGUAAUCAAAAAUGCCUUCUUGAUUAUUCAGAAAAGCUUUUUGCACUUAUAUUUGCCUUAAUUUACAGCACAUAAUAUUCUUUAUUGUGCAAUAAAAGAUGUAUCUUGUCUACUAGUCCUAUACCUURGUGCUUUUAGCCCAGACAAAACACCCUCCUCUCUGCCCAGCUCCUGCAUCAUUAAACGAACUCUCAGAAGACUCUCUAAUAUCCAGCAUAUUUACUGAAAUAGCUAAAGUUUCCUGCUAAGCUGACAUAGAAGACUGAGGCUUUGAUAUAAAGUAUUUUACAACAACCCAGCCCCAUUCUCUAGCAUCCCUCUUUAAUGCAACAAACAGCUUUGAGUUGUUUUUUAGAAAGCAAAACUGCUUCUGACUUCCACCUAUAAAUUUAUCGGGAGCUUGAAGUCCAGCAGCUUGUAAGGUAUGUCCUAACAUUUCUAGCAAAAUAGUUAUCGAAUUAGGUUAGUAUUGUAAGGCAUCCUCAUAAAAACACUAAAACUCCAUCUUUAUUAAAUCUUCAAAUGAAAGCAGUUAAAAUACUAGUUAAUUCUAGUAAGCAACCCUUUCACAACUGUAAGACAAAAAGGAUUCUAUAAAACAGAUGUCAAAUUUACUAUACAAAAAAGUAAUUUAUAUUAAUGUUCUUCAAUAAAAAUGGAACUUUUUCUGAUGUAAAACUUAGAAAUAUCUUUCAAUUUAAAUGUGYUUAGUCAAAUUAAUAGUCUAAAUAGGGACAAGAGAGAAGUACAUUCAGUGGACAAGAACACAUUCCACUCGAUGUGACAUGGAUCACUGCUGAGAUGGAGUAAGUAGUCACUGUGUCAAAUACAUUUCCAAGCUUGACCAAGAUUCUCUUAAAUUGUUUAUUCCAUCUUGAGCAAAUUUCCCUGUAAGUUACGAAUGUACUUUAGUGUUUAAUAAGUAAAGCACAGUAGCAUAUCYACAUCUUUUUAUGUGUGGAUAAAAAUAUUCCCAUUUAUUUAUCAUUCAAAACAAAGUGCUGAAGUCUGGCUCAUGCAUCCCACCACUAUAGAAAACAGAUAACUCGGGCUGUAUUUCAUCAUGCCAUUCAUCUGUUUUAUGGCGAGCUUUUAAGUUUAAGCUUGCAUACCUAGGCAGGAGCGAGGCUGCUUCUGCCUGCYUGGCUCAGCAGGUGGCAGCAAGUUUCCUCAGCAGCACCAAGCCCUCACCAAGCUGAGAAAACCCUGCUCACUCCUGCAGCACCUUGGGGCCAGCCUGUGCAUACAGAUAAGUGGCAGCAGAUAAUGUUUGAACGCACGAGUCCUGAAGAGGAAGGGACACAUCUCCCCAGGACCCACACAGCGUCCAGUGAGCCCCCUGCGAGGCAGAAGAGCAUUCACUGCUCCAAUGAAACCAGGAACCGGCUACAUCUCGUGUGGCAGCAAGUUGUUCUCUCACCCGGAGCAGCACAUGGCACAUGGAGCUUUUUCUCCUUCCCAGUAACACUGAAAGCACAGAGCAAGCAGGGCCUGGCGCUUACYGUUUUCUGGGAGGGAGGGCAUCAUCUUUGCUCUUCAACCAUGCAAGAAUUAGAGACAGCUCCAGACUCCACCUUUCAGAAAGAGCAGCAAAAAGUAUCAGAACUAUGCAUGAAAUCAUGAAAAAUACUGUUUUAAGAGAGCUGGGAAAUCAUCCAUUAGCACUGGCAAGGAGAAAGKUACCAUCAUCAUCAUCAUGUGAAUCUUUCGUUGCACCUACUGUUCUGCUUUAACACAACAUCAUGCAAAGACUAUAUGGCUCACUAAUAUGACUGUGCUUUACAAAAAGGAAAAGAAAAAC